GCUCGCGACGUCAUCUCUCUUUGGUUUUCCGUGUCAACAUGGCGGCAUCCAUGGCAUCCCAGGCUGCAGCAAGAGGACUGAGGACAGCCACCUCUAAACACAUUCUUCUUGACAAACUCAAGUGCACCUGGUUGAGUCCCAGGAGAUGGCUGAAUCUGCAAGAGUACCAGAGCAAGAAGCUGAUGCAAGAGAGUGGCGUCGCUGUCCAGCGCUUCUAUGUGGCUGACACGGCUUCUGAGGCUCUGGAGGCUGCAAAGAGACUCGAUGCCAAGGAGAUUGUGCUGAAAGCUCAGAUUCUGGCCGGUGGCAGAGGCAAGGGGGUGUUCGACAGUGGCCUUAAAGGUGGAGUGCACUUAACAAAGGACCCUGCAGUAGUUGGCGAGUUGGCCAACAAGAUGCUGGGUUUCAACCUGACUACCAAGCAGACACCUAAAGAUGGAGUGAAAGUGAAAACGGUGAUGGUCGCCGAGGCCCUUGACAUUACCAGGGAGACCUACUUUGCCAUCUUAAUGGACCGCUCCUGUAAUGGUCCUGUCAUGGUUGGAAGUCCCCAGGGAGGUAUGGAUAUCGAGGAGGUCGCUGCCAGCACCCCAGAACUCAUCUUUAAGGAAGUCAUAGAUAUAUUUGAAGGUGUGCGAGACGACCAGGCGCUUCGCAUGGCAGCUAAUUUGGGUUUCAAAGGACCUCUGCAGAGACAGGCAGCAGAUCAGAUUAAGAGGCUCUAUGAUCUGUUCCUGAAAGUCGACGCCACUCAAGUCGAAGUCAAUCCUCUCGGAGAGACUCCCGAAGGACAAGUGGUUUGCUUUGAUGCCAAGAUCAACUUUGACGACAAUGCUGAGUUUCGUCAGAAGGCCGUGUUCGCCAUGGACGACAUGACUGAGAGCGACCCCACAGAGAUGGAGGCAGCCAAGUGGGACCUCAAAUAUAUUGGACUGGAUGGCAACAUUGCAUGUUUUGUGAAUGGAGCUGGCUUGGCCAUGGCCACAUGUGACAUCAUUGACCUGCAUGGAGGAAAGCCAGCUAACUUCCUGGACCUGGGUGGAGGAGUCAAAGAGAGGCAGGUGUAUGAGGCCUUUAAGCUGCUCACCGCUGAUCCUAAGGUGGAGGCCAUCCUAGUCAACAUCUUCGGUGGGAUCGUCAACUGUGCGAUCAUCGCUAACGGCAUCACCAAGGCCUGUCGAGAGCUGGAGCUCAAGGUGCCGCUGGUGGUCAGGCUUGAAGGCACCAACGUCCACGAGGCCAAGAGGAUCCUGACGGAGAGCGGCCUGCCCAUCACAGCAGCAGAAAACCUGGAUGAUGCCGCCAAGAAAGCGGUGGCCGCCAUCAAGAAAUAGAAAACCCACAGUGUAACCUCACUACACUCUUCACCCGUCCACCCAUCAUUAACAUUCAUUACUGCCUCAGACCGUCAUCUCCGUCGCACAUUCAGACCUCCACAACUUCAAGCCUUUGCUCUCAUGGCACUAGUGUCCAAAUCAUGAAUUCUUUGCCAACAAAAUAUCCAUACCACAGGUUUUGAGGUGGUCUAUCACCUCAACGCCUUAUAUAAUUCAACUUUUACACUCAUCUGUGUGUGUGUGUGUGUGUGUGUGUGGUGUGUGUGUGUGUGUGUGUGUGCGUGUGUGCGUGCGUGCGUGCGUGCGUGCGUGCGUGCGUGCGUGCGUGCGCAGUGCAGAUCAGCUGCUUCAUUCAUAAUUCUUUCUCAAUUACAUGUGUUUCAAUUGGGAUAAAUCACUCUGAUGUUCAUGUUCAUUACUAUUUUACAUAAUGGAAGUGAAAAUAAUCCAGUCAUCUAAUCAUAAAGCUCUAGUGGCCUCUUUCAGAGAUUAGACAGGGCCCAACACUUUGUGCAUUCCAUUCCAAGGUGAAGGACGUGGCUUUCUCUCUGCAUAUUAUGCCAUUUGUACAGAAUAUGAAUUAAGAGAGGAUUUAUCCACUUUCACCUCCAGUCUUGCCAUAAGGCACUUCAAAGGUAGAGUUCGACUGUUGAUGAGUUAUGAAAUCAUUUGAUGGCACUUAGCUGAAAUGAAUGGCAGCUCACAUAUACCUGUUUUGGUUUGUUUGCUUUUUUUUUUUUUUUUUUUACUUUACUGUCCAAGUUGGUUCAUGUCUACUAAUCGAUCCAAGGCCUUAUCUGUGUCACAUGAGAUGGAUGAAGUACCCAUGCUGUGAAUUAUGUACAUCAUGUCUUAUUUGUAAAGUGCUACUUCACUCUAUGAUAUACAGUGUUAACUGCAUCAAUCUGUGCCUAUUUCAUGAAGGCUAAAGGGAUUUGUAAACUGUCUUGCCAACUCUUGCAGUCCAAUAGUAACAAUAGUUUCAUACAGCGGUGUUGAGGGGACAAAAUAAAAAAAAAUAUAAUAUUACUUUUUUUAUUGUAAUGAAUGUAUAUUGACAGGAUAUCUUGGUUACAGUGAAAAAACUGUGUAUAUAAUUUGAGAGAUUAAAAGGAAACAUUUCAAGACAA